GGUUUACAGAGGAGUAUUGCCUUCUUCCAAUAUGCAAGUCGCGGUCAAGAAAGUAUCCCAUGAUUCCAGGCAAGGAACCAAGGAAUUCGUUUCUGAGAUUGCUAGCAUGGGGAGGCUGAGGCACAGGAACUUGGUCCAGCUCUUCGGCUAUUGCCGGCGAAAGGGAGAGCUCCUCUUGGUCUAUGAUUAUAUGCCCAACGGAAGCCUUGAUAAACUCCUAUUUCGCAAUGACACACCCUGCCUUAAUUGGGGUCGGCGAUAUCAAAUCAUCAGGGGAGUUGCGUCUGCCCUUCUUUACCUUCAUGAAGAGUGGGAACAGGUCGUUCUGCAUAGAGAUGUGAAAGCUAGCAAUGUUCUAUUAGAUGCCGAUCUUAACGGACGGCUAGGAGAUUUUGGGCUAGCUAAGUUUCAUGACCAUGGAUCAACUCCUCAAACAACCAAAGUGGUUGGAACAGUUGGAUAUCUUGCACCAGAGAUUACUAGAACAGGAAAGUCAACUACCUGCAGCGAUGUUUUUUCUUUUGGGACAUUUAUGCUCGAAGUGGCAUGUGGAAGGAAGCCUGUAGAGUCAGAAAGACCACCUGAGGAGGUUGUUCUGGUUGACUGGGUACUUGAAUGCUGGAAGAGAGGUGCCAUUCUUGGGACAGUUGAUCCUAGAUUUGAAGGUAACCACGUGGAGGAAGAAAUGGAGGUGGUCUUAAAGCUAGGCCUGCUCUGUACACAUCGCACUCCGGCAGCCAGACCUAGCAUGAGGCAAGCGGUGCAAUAUCUGGAUGGAAAUGCUACUCUACCUGAUUUACCACUGCACGGUGAAGGAAUCGGUUUAGUUCCAGUUAGCAAUGAUGCAUCUACAGAGCAUGUUUUAACAAUCCCGAUAUCAUCAGAUGGAAUUUCUUCCAAUUCCUUGUCCGACUCUGAAUCAAUCCUCAGUGGUCGUUGAACCAGCAAUGCUUCAUGGAGGAUUGAUUACGUAAAUAUGUACAUUAAGACUUUUUCGAUGUGAAAUACAGAGGAAGGUGCCGCAUAAUUUCGAAGAUUGUAGCAUUUGUGCAAUUUUUUUCCAACCACUUGUAUAUUUUGAAGAAAGUAUCCCAUGAUUCCAGGCAAGGAACUGUUCAAUUUUUUCCAACCACUUGUAUCUUGUGAGUUAUUUUACCAUAGAACAGUCGACCUCCCUGCAGACCAUAAGCCCAGAGGCAAGGAGGGCUUGUAAGAGUUAUUCAAUUGUGUUAAAAUUGUAGUGUUUGAUUAAUAAUAUACAAAUAUUUCUUAA